GGCUGUGCUGUGUCUCGGUGUGAUGUGUAUCCUUCAGGCAGCUCUCAAUAUUGCUCUGAGACUGUACUUGACUGACCUGAACAACCAAACUAAAGAGACACAUCAGUUACAGAACGAGACAGACAAACUCCAGAGGAGGCUUUCUGAACCGGAGAAGACAAAGCAGCAGGACUGGACAUUUUUCAACACCAGUAUGUACUUCAUCUCUACUGGAGAGAAGAGCUGGAGUGAGAGCAGACAGGACUGCAGAAAGAGAGGAGCAGACCUGGUGACCGUAAACAGCAGAGAAGAACAGGACUUUAUUGAAAAGUUUAGAAGAGAUCAGAGAGCUUGGAUUGGUCUGACUGACAGUGAGACAGAGGGGGCCUGGAAAUGGGUGGACGGCUCAGCACUGACCACUAAGUUCUGGGAACAUGAAGAACCCAACAGUAAUGCAGGAAAUGAGGACUGUGUUAUAACUGGUUACAAGUCUGAUCCUGUAAAUAACUGGGCUGAUUUUCCUUGUAAUGACCGGUUUGUUUGGAUUUGUGAGAAAAGUAUAAACUGAGAGUGAUUUAGAAUGAAUAUCAGUGAAUAUCAGGAAUAUCAGCAGUUUGUUUGGAUCUGUAAGGGAAUGUUUAUCUGAAUGGUCACCAGCAUGUGAGUGAAUAACAGCAUAUUUGUAUUGAAUUCAUAACUGCCACAUUUGACCUUUUUGCUUAUACAUUUUUUAAGGGAGAAGAGAAACAGGGUGGGGGAGUCAGAGAUUAAAAGUGCUGCAAACUCCAAGAAUCAAAUAAAUAAAUUGUAUAAUGGUGUUAGUUUACAGAUGAGGACAUGUUUAUAACACGAUCCCUAAAAUCAUUAAAACAUCAAGCUUUAAUGUUUCUCACAGUUCAGUCUGUCCUGGACUUUAGAGUAGAGUCAUACUGAAACCAUUAUCCUCUAAAUGAAGGGGGGUGCCUGCUAGAAAAACCAGUGUAGACCACCAGGGCCGCUCACCAGCAAAACCAGCAUGACACACUGAGUACACUGAUACAGACACCACAGAACUGUGUAAUAGUGUCUGUCAGUAAGAGAAACAAGGGUUCACAUUGAUUUGAACAGACAGAGCUGAUGAUUAUCAUAGUUACACUGAAGACACCCAGGUUUACUAACUAUCCCAAUAAAAUUAUAUAUAUACUUCCAGAAUUUGUAGUCAGACACGUGAUCAAACAUCA